UUUACAUAAGUCGCCAUCCGCUGCGCAGCACAUUGAUAUGGGCUUUAAUAGUCCAGGGCACUGUACUUUGGUCAACGUACAGGGUUCUCGCUGAUAUUUCGAGGGCACUAAAAAGUAGCGAAUUGGACCGCCUCGGUGUUUUUACCCGAAUGUCGGGUGGAGCGUACAUGGCUGCUUCUCUGCUCACUCUCACCUCGUGGAUGGAGCUCUCGCGUCUGCGCUCCACGGCAGAGGCCCACGACAAUCUCCUAGUGUCGGUGAACGCGAUGGACCGCACUCACAAAGACCCGUCGCCAUCCGACUGGUCCCCCGUGCCGAGUCUCCUCGCGCGCCUGGGCUUGACUUUCCUCCUGGGCUCCACACUCUGCAUGUGCAGCGCCUGGGUAGUCAUGGGCUUUGGCGCGUCUCAUUGGAGCCACCUGCCCGCCUACGUGUACCAGAGCACCGUUGCCCACCUUGUCACCGUUUCACAAGUGUGUGACUUCCUGCGACUGAGGGAUGUGGCACGUCGUCUUCUGAACCUCCUGCAGCAGGUUCAGUAUGGCAGGAGAUCUGCCUCAAAAGUUCCCAAGAUAUCUCGUCAGGGGAGAGUGUCAUGGUUAUUGUCCACAAUGUUAGAGGUUAAUAUUGGUGUGGAUACCAAAGGGCGUCGGAGACAAGAAUUCUCGAGAGGUUGCCCCCUCGGCACGCGCCGUUUAGUGGUCUACAAGCUCAACUUCUUGAGUUGUGGCAUUGAUUGA